AUGUGGGGUUUCUCCUCUCGUAAAGACCAGGACUCCCAGUCUACCGACAAUGAUGAUCACAAAAUGUCUCCGUCCAAACGCUCUCGCAGACGGAUUGGGGGCAAGAAGAAGGAGAAGGGUCCUGUCAACGAUAAAGGAUCAGCUACGAGUGGUGCCAAGAAAGCAAUGGGCGCCCUCAGUUUUAGUCGAUCCAAUGGCAGCAAGCAACAACAGCAUCCACCGCUCAAUGAACAAGCUCCUGGUCUCAACAGUAGUCAGCAGGAGUUAGAGUGGAGAAACCAGAAUGACGCGGAGGAGCAAGAGCAAGACAUCAAUGUGGAUGUCUCCGAUGAUCAAGGUAUUGAAAUACUCUUGGACAUGUCCACUCAUAACCACAACAAUCCAAAUCCAUACGCGCCCAGACACCCUAAAAGUCCAGCCACAAAGAGCGGUCAUCAUAGUCGACGCUCCAUGAGCAACCACAAAACCAAGGAUCGCAGGAGCGCUCCUCCUGACCCCAAGAGACAAACUGAACCAGCGCCUUCUUCGUUAUUGUCACCAAUGGUGGUCAGUGAUAAUUCCAAAACGGUUGUGUCUCUGGAGCAUGAUGUUUUAGUCAAACGAACCAAGAUAUACCGGGCACAGUUCUCCAUAUUCUUUCCCAUACCCACGCUGCCGUCGGAUCCUCUGGCGCACCGAGAUCAGCGGAGACACCGUAUACCCCUUGGCGGACGUGGGAGGGUCGAUGGUGUUGCCUACAAUGACCAGAUACGAAUGCUGCAAAACUCUAAUCCUCUGGAUGAAAUCACUUCUGUCCGCAUGGAAUUGAAAAAGAUGAAGAUGGAAAUUGAUGCUUUAGAAGAGGACAAGGAGGCUUUGGAGCAGCGUUGGCUGACGUUGAACCAACAGCAGCGACAACAAUAUCUUGGCGCAGGAGCUCGCUCGAAGCAGUCAGUCACCGGAACGAAUGAUACGGUCGAUUGGGAUAUUCAUAGACUGCUCAGUUCCAAGCGAAAACUAAGCAACAAGGAACGAACAGAUUUUGAAGUGAGACGCGGCAACUGCGUUACCGUCUACCUCCAAAAUCCAAGAGCAGAGGACGCUUUUUUGAGCAAAUGCUGCGGUGCGAAGCAAAUACCUCCCAAGAAAACAAGACGUCGAGUCAUUACCGUGGAUCCCCAAAAUUGCCGUCCUGGUGGUGCCGGUGCUACCAUUCGUCAUCUUGCGUUGCUACCAAAAGGUUCUUCCUUCUUUGUCAGCCGUGACAACGGCAAGUCGUAUUCUUGGGGCCAGCUCCCUCCUCGGUUGCUUCAACGAAUGAAGUCGCAAGGCCUCGACCCCGUGAAGCAUUGUGGGGAACUGUUGUACUUGUCCACCGGCCCAAACGGAUACUAUUAUGCAGAGUUUAGUACAGGAGAGUGCUGGUGGGGAUGCGCAGGCGAAGAUAAGGAGUUCUACGAAAUCUUGCAGCAUUGGGAAAUCUAUCGUGUAGUCUUUGGAGCUUCGGUCAAGCAUACCGCGGUCAAUGGCAACAGCAACCAAACCCGAGAAGUCCUGACGAAUUCCUGGAUUAUCUUGGGCCGUGAUGGGCGUGCCGCUUGGAAGAAUCUGCCAUCACGGUUGCACCAGACUCUGGAAAGCAGGCUGGCAAAUUCUGCGGCUCCUGCAGAAGUGGCGCUAGGAAGUGGGGAUUCCUAUUAUGUUCGAUUUUUGGAUGGAACAGUUGACUAUUGUCUUCCUGCCGAGUUGGCUGCUGUUUGCGAGCGUAUUCAGAGAAGUGGAGGUGUGAUCACCGACAUGGCCUUGAACCCAGAGGCGUCCCAUGAGUUUAUGGUUCGUCACACCGAAAUACCGACCAACUAG